CUCUGCUGCUCUGAGACCGCCUUGUCUCCUCCCCCUCACUCGGCUCCGUCUCCCUCCCCUCGGUAUUUUGUUACCCUUGUGCGUGAAAAUGGAGGGAGAGAGUACUGACUCAGAGAGGAAGGAAAAUGGGGUGACUGAAGUUCAAACAGUGACAGGAGGAAACAAGCCGCUACAUCGCUUUUUAGCAGGACAGCCAAGAUACAUUGGGAUUGCGAUAAUGUUCUUUGGCUGUAAUGAGCUGAUGCUGGGUCUCCCGCUGAUUAGAGAGACCAUAAUGACCUCAGUGAGAUUGUACACUCCUUUCUGGCAAGGCGCAUUGUUCAUGAUCUGUGGAAGUUUGUCAAUUCACACUCACAGCUACCCAUCCAAAAAGCUGGUGACUGUGUGCUUGGCUAUGUACAUUGUCACAAUACUAGGCGGUUGCUUUACACUUAUUUUCAGACUGAUUGCCAUUACUGAUAUAAGUGGAAUGUUAUAUUAUACUUUCGAUGAUGAUGGUGAUGAUGCAUAUGUCCGCCUUGCUCAGCUGAAAAUCACUGAGGCUGUGUUAUAUACAUCUACAAUAGUUGUGAUUAUUCUCCUCAUUUGUCUUUGCUGUUUUGCCAAACGAUCCUUAAAGUCCUCCAACACACAGGUCAUCAUGCGACAAGUUCUGAUGGUCACCGACACAGAGACAGAAUGAACAGAGUUACACAGUGGAAAUGUUACCAUUUUCUCAAAACUAAUAACUGAUUAAUUUCACUGUAACCACACUAAUGGACUCACUCUACUUGGUCAUUAUACCUCAUACUGCAAAACAUGAAUUUUAUAUAUAUAUAAAACAUAAUUUUUGAUAUAUUACAUACCUUAUACACCAGUAUACAUUGGGACUACAGAGUAGGCUGUGGGCGUCUGACUAACAGCCUACAUUAAUCUUUUUUUUUUAAGUUGUAACAACUAGAUGCACCGCAAAGCAGUACAAAAUAUGAUCGCCGUUCAGUCCUGCACAUUCUCUUCGCAAAAAUGAAAAACCCUUGUCAAUUUGUCUCCUACUCCUACACCAUGUCAAUCAAUUAAGCCGCUAUCUAGAAAACAGUAACAGGCUAAGUGACUGCCAACAUGGUUUCCGCGCAAGACGGUCCACCAUGUCUGCUUUACUACUUUACACUGAGGUAAUUCAUAACUCUCUCAAUAGAAGACAUAUUACAUGGAGCAUUUUUUUUUUUAUUGAUUUUCGUAAAGCAUUCGACAUAGUAGACCACCUGAUUUUAUUAUACAAACUCCACUCUUUUAACCUAUCGCCCUCAGUAUUAGACAUGAUCUCCUCUUAUUUAACUGACAGAUCACAAGUUGUCAAAAUUGACCAUGCAAUAUCUCAGCCCUUGGAAUGUGGUAUGGGUGUCCCACAGGGAAGCAUUCUGGGGCCUUUACUUUUUCUUUUACAUAUUAAUGAUAUCCCAGCUGUGUGUAAAGCAUGUUACAGUACAUGCAAGGAUGAUUAUGGGACCUCUCAAUCUCUACUAUACAGUAGAUCUAAUUUGAACAUUAUGCUACUCCAUUUAAUUGGGAACGCAUCUUGAGUGCGCACGAGAGAGAGGGAGAGAGAGAGUGGCAGAUUCCACUGCCUUGUCAUUGUUAAUAAUUGAGAUCUCCUUUUUGAUAUAAAAAACCUUUUAAAGGAAUUCAUGAAGGCAACCGGCUGCACUCACUGUGAUUUGGAACACGGACAAUAAUAUAAAUAGUUGCCUUUGCCUUUGUGUAAUGGAAUUGGUGAGUCUUGAAGUCUUCAAUAAUUUGUUUCUCUUAAACUAAGCAUUUACAUGAAACACAUGAUAUGCCGAUUGAAACGCAUUCCACUCAGACAGGCUAGAUGGCUACAGGCUCAUAAUUCACUUUUAAUUGCAAACAAAACUAGCUAGCAUCAUGUUAGACCAAUCUAGUCUUGGUCUCUCUGAUGUCAAAUCUUGUCUAGACAUGUCUUUUAUUGCCAUAAGCAACUUUGAAGUAAUCAAGUAAAUAAUUAGCAUUUGAAUAAACACAAUGAUCAUUACACUGUUUACUUCUAUUCUUGACACCAAAAAGCAUUAUUGUCACCAGGAUGGAUAUCAAUCUGACAACAAAGUUAAUAUCACUCUACUUAACAAUAAUUGUUUUCUGUUUGUGCUCUAACAUGAAUUUUGAUUACAAUCUGGCCAUUACAAGUCUACGGAUUGAAGAAACACAGGACGAGUUGGAGUUAUCCUUUAUGUGCCAGCGUGUACUAAGAUUUGCCAACAGAAAUGACACAGAGGAGUUAUCAAGUGGGCACCCCCUUCAUCAGCGUUUCGUCGAUUUAAGCCCACGACGCCUCCGGAAGGCUCGACGGUAACCCCAGGCGUCCCUGAAGUACCCCCCUCUGUGUCAUUCCUGGCUGCCUCCUGAUGCCCAGCCGGUGUCUUUAUGCUUAAGCCAAAGCCAUUGGCUACUCCCUUCAGCUGCCUCCGACAAUGCCCUGAUGGCAUGGUGCAGGCUUUGGCCUCUUACUCCCAGGUUCUUGAGCAGCCUGGUGGUAGACGAAGCCACAAAGCCCCUGCAUCCCACCUCCACAGGGUGCACCUCAGUCCUCCAACCAUGCUGCUGUGCCUCUGCAGCAAGGUCAGCAUACCGUAGAUGCUUGCGUUCGUAUGCCUCCUCUACCGACUCCUCCCAAGGCACAGUCAGCUCAAUGAUAAAGACCUUCUUAGCAGAUGGUGACCAAAGCACUAAGUCAGGUCUAACAAUGGUGGCAGCAAUCUCAGGAGGAAAGGCAAGGCAAGGCGUUGCUCAACAAAGGCAAGGAUUUGCCCAACAUCCGCCAACAUAUUCCAGUCACAAGCUGUGUGUAACUGGCAGUGCUUUGCUGUUGUGAGUGCACUGUGAUUUGCCUUUGCCCCCUCUCGCACAAAUGUGACUGCUGGCAGGGAGUUGAGUGUUGCAGGUGUUGUUGAGUUGACUGCAGUUCGCCUCUGUUCCAAAGUGGCAGCAAGUUCUUUCAACACCUGGUUGUGACGCCAGGUAUAGCGCCCCUGGGCAAGACUCACUUUACACCCUGUGAGAAUAUGCCUAAGGGAUGCCGGCUUAGAGCAGAGUGCACAGCCUGGAUCUUCUCCUCGCCACUGCUGGAGGUUCAUGGGUGUGGGGAGGACAUCAUAUGUUGCUCUGAUGAUGAAGCUGAGUCUCCUUGACUCCAUACUCCACAGAUCUUUCCAGCUCAUUUUCCUUCCCUCCACACUCUCCCACUUGGUUCACUUUCCCUGCUUCCCAAGUGCCACCACCUUGGCCCUCCUGAUGCCUUCCUCCUGGUUUUUAACCUCAUCCACAAUCAUCCUCCUCCUUUCAGUAGCUGAGGCUUUGCUCCAGGCUGGACGCUGAGCAGUUAGUCCCAGACCUCCUCUUCCAUGUUGGACAUGUCCCACAAUGUCCGCAUGUUUGAGGGCUGUUACUGCCUCCUCAACGGCUUGUGCUGGUCUCCAUUUGCGGCCUGCUGUGAUGGCAGGGGCGUUCUUUCUCACCAUCAGGUCUUUGGACUCAGUCAGCAUCACCUGGAGUCUUGUCUUGGCGCACUUGAAUUCCUCCGUGAGACUGGUGAGUGGCAGUCUGAGGAGGCACUCUCCAUAGAGGGCGGUGGAGGUCAAGCAGCAUGGGACUCCCAACCACUUCUUUAUGUGGUUAGUAAUUCCCUUCUCCAUCCUCUCCACAGUUGAGAUGGGCACCUCAUACAGUGUGAGAGGCCACAGCACCCAGGGCAGGAGGCCAAACUGUAGGCACCAGAUCUUUAGCUUCCCAGGAAGCUGUGUUCUCAAUGGCUUGCACGCCGCUGCUUAUAUCCCUCUGCAGUUGUGAUACUUGGCCCUUAUCCCUCAGGCUUGCAUCAAACCAUCUCCCAAGGCUCUUCACUGGCCGCUCAGAAACCGAAGGAAUUGGUUCCUCCCCGAUGAAGAACUUGAGGUCCAACAGCACUCCCUUGACAAUGGAAAUGCUGCGCGACUUAGAUGGCUUUAUCUUCAUACGGGCCCAGCUGAUGUUCUCCUGCAGCUUUCUGAGCAGACGUCUGGUACGUCUGCUUAGUAGUUAUAGUUGUGAGAGUAGUGAUGUCAUCCAUGUAUGCUCGGAGUGGAGGGAGACGCGAGUCGGGGUUGAGUCUUUGUCCGCCAACAACCCAUUUGGAGGCUCUGAUUAUGACCUCCAUUGCCAUUGUGAAGGCCAAGGGAGAGACUGUGCAGCCUGCCAUGAUUCCAACCUCAAGGGAUUGCCACGUGGUGGUAAACUCUGUGGUGGUGAAACAAAACUGCAGGUCUUGGAAGUAGGACUUAACCAAGGCUGUAAUGUGUCCUGGGAUACUGAAGAAUUCGAAGGCAGACCAAAGGAGCUCAUGUGGUACUGAUCCAAACACGUUGGCCAGGUCCAGAAAGACAACGUGUAGAUCAUCUUUCUUCGCCUUUGCUGUCUGAAUCUGGUGCCAGAUCAUGCUAGAGUGUUCCAAGCAUCCAGGGAAGCCAGAUAUACCUGCCUUCUGUACAGAUGUAUCUAUGUACUGGUUGUUAAUCAGGUAUGCAGAGAUCCUCUGGGUCACCACCGAAAAGAAAUUCUUGCCCUCUACAUUUAGUAGGGAGAUUGGUCGAAACUGGCUGAUGGUUUCUGCCUCUUUCUCUUUUGGGAUAAGGACUCCUGCUGCCCUGCGCCACACUUUGGGUAUGAUCUUCUUCUGCCAUAUCGUCCUCAUCAGCUUUCACAGAAACCUCAGGACAUCAGGUGUGUUUUUAUACAGCUUGUACGGUAUUCCAUUCGGUCCUGGGGCUGACACUGUCCUUGCUAGGUGGACUACCCUUUCCACUUCUUUCCAAGUUGGGGGGCCAUCAUUACACUGAUGUUUUGGGGGCAAGAUUGGCGGGAUGUCCGAGGGGAUUGUGAGAUGUUCAUACCGCUUUGGAUCGGAGUGUAUGCUCCUGAAGUGAUCCUCCAGGUCUGUUUUAGUUGUUUUAAGGGAUCCACUUUUCUCACUUGAGAACAGGCCUUUUAGGAAUGCGUAGGGAUCCUUGUAGAACCUUGUUCUAGUGCGUUCCUUCUUCCUUCUGCGCUUCCUUAAGGUCUCCGCUUUGCGUAGAGAUGUUAGUCGCAUUUUAAUGCCCAUUUGAAGUGCGUUGAUGCCUUCCUUUUCAACGUCUGUGGACUUUCUCCAUAGCUUCUUGAGCUUUCUCCUCUCCUGGACCAGACGUUUUAUCUCCUGCUGUCUCCUCGAUGUAACCACCACUGGGACUUGCUCUCUGCUCUUCUGUUCUUUAACCCCGAACCGUUCCACUCCAUACUGGUAAAUCAGGUCACUUAAAUUAAAUUCAAGUAAGUCGUAAUUUGGAAAAAAAAAAAACUGAAACCAGCUUGACUGUAAAUUUUUAAGUCACUCGAAAUGUGGAAUAGCAUUAUAACAUUAUUUUAUAGCAUGCAUAACUACCACACCCAGCAAUGAAACAAAUGGGAUAGUUUAACUAUUAAACAGAUAUUAGGCUAAAUCAGCACUGAAAUGUUGCUCUUUAGUUGACUAUUUCACAUAUGAGAUAUUUUUUAUUACAGGGAGAAUCAUUCCAGAGGCCGGUGUCAUAGAGCAUACCACAGUGCUCAACAUUAUUCAGGGGUGUGAUUGGCAAAG